AUGAGCUUCGAAAGGGCAGUAAAUUUCACGAGGCUGAGCGUUGGCUUGGCUUGCUGCUGGCCUCCCAGAGCCGAUUCGACGAACAGGGAAAAAGUUAAAUUCGAGCUACUCUGGUGCUUGUCGCUCGUCAGUGCUCUUGGACUUUUCGUACCUUUGCUCUACUCGAUCUACGAAUACCAAUCGAAUUCCCUCAUCCUCACCAAAUCGGUCUGCUUCCUUGGCGCUGUUUCUGGCUUUAUUAUUAAAAUUAUCAUUUGCAAAGUUCAUCGUAAACGGAUCCAGGCUCUGAUUAAGGAAAUGGAAGAAUUUUUACAAGAAACAAAACCGCACGAGCGCACUGUCCUCGAACGUUACGUGAAUAAAUGCUCGUUUCUUCACACCUCGAUAACGAUUAUAAAUUACAUGACCACGUCAGUCGUGAUCCUCGGGCCGUUUUUGCUGCCGGACGAUCAGCGAUUUCCAACGCCCGCAGUUUAUCCAUUUUCCACUGAGAACGGGCCCUUGAUGUAUCUCGUUUACGCGCAUCAAAGUUUCGUGGGCUUUCAAUGCUCCGUUGGGGCCACGAUCGACUGUCAAGCUGCCCUUUUCGUCUGGUACGUUGGCGCAAGAUUCGAAAUACUCAUUCAGGAGUUUCAAGACGUCAAGGACUCCCAAGGCUUCCACGAGAGCAUUAGAAAUCACCAAAAACUCCUGCAAUUGGCCGAAAACUCGAAACAGACGAUGGCCUACAUCGCAAUGACGACGACGACGAUGAGUGGCAUCGGAACGGUUUUCAGUUGUCUGCAGCUCGUUGGUAAUCAACCGUUGAUCGUGAGAAUGCAAUUCGGACCAGUUGCUCUGAUAUCAAUCGCGUGUCUCUUCGUUUGUGCUUGGCCUGCCGACAAUUUAAUCAACGUCUGCAGUUUUGUAGGAACUGCGGCGUACAACGCGCCUUGGACGGAAAUGACACCGGAAAUGAUGAAAAAUGUGUUGAUGGUGAUCCGAAGGUCGCAGAGACCAGCGGUCUCGUCCGUCGGUGGUUUUCUUCCCGCUCUGUCCUUGAGAUAUUACGCAUCGUUCCUUUCCACAGCUUUUUCGUACUUCACGACCCUCCGGAUCACCGUGAACAUUGAUACUCAAUAGAAACACUGCUUUUCCGGUCGCUUCUCAACGAAAACAUAACGAUUGAACAAAGUUCUUUAGAAUUUACAAAAAUUACCUUCGAAGCAGCACAGUAUACCGAAUAAACAGUCAAAUUGACAAAAAAAAAAAAAAAAAAAAAGGAUCGAAUAAUAAAAACUUCGAGACUCACGGACGAAGAGGUCAAUGCUCGUUGGAUAACUUUUAUUCGAAUAACCACUCGAAAUGCAUAAUUAUGUGAAAGUGUGAAAAAAAGCAAUGAUAAACCUUAGCAACUCAUACCUUUUUGACGUCACGAUUAAUAAAUCCAAAAAAUGAAUUUAUACGUCGAGCCUCACACGUACGGGAGAAUAUUCCGUUUCCUAUCCGAACGACGCGAACGCAACAACGUCAGCGAGAGGAAUGAGCUCGAAACAGUCCCGAGGUUUCCUGCCGAAAUGUAUAGGAGCGUUUGGAUCGAAGUGUUAUUUACGUGUAAUUGGAUGACAGCGUGGCUUUUUCCCAGUAUAAUUAUUGGAUUAUGGAAGCAGGUUUCGAAAUAAAUGGCACAAAGUUUAAGCAGAGCAAUUAUAUAUUUUAUUCAAUGAACUUUACUCUAAGAGAUCUAUCGAUUAACUGAGCGUUGCAGUGGUCGAAAAGGUGACUCUGACUCUAACGAGAGAGGGCCUCGUGUCGACCUCUUCCUUGAUCUGUAUAUUCGUUUUAUAAACAAACUUAUAGGACUGUGAGCACGCUCUCAUGUGUAUUGUUUAAGGAGUUUCGGUACAGGCGA